CAUUGGAGAGAGCCGACACUUUUAAAUAUCUAGGGGUUUAUAUUGACACAACUCUUCAAUUUGAUAAACCCAUUAAAGAUGUAUGUAGUAAAAUUGGAAGGAAGCUUGGAGGAUUGUGUGGUCAGCGCCACUGUGUAAGCUUUACAGCAAGGUUUAAAUGAGUUACUUGUGUUCCCUAUUCUAGACUAUAAUGAUGUGAUGUGCGGGUGUGCUAGUGAGGAAUCGCUGAAGAAGAUCGAUACAAUGUGUAACAGGAUGUGUAUCUGUGUGCUCCCGUGUACUCCGCUAGCGCAUCACUGCAGCGCGUAUUCUACAUUAAACUUGCGAUCGCUGCUAACACAAGGAAUUAUCACUGGAAUCGGAUUCUCUUUAAAGGGGCACACAACACAUUACCAGUUUAUUUAAACAGCUUGUUUCUGAGUUUACCUGUAAAUACAGCCUAUCGUAAUGUCUGAGACACACAAUACUUUAAUAUACCGUCUGGAAAAAGUGCUGCGGGAAGAAAGUCUUUCGUUUUGUUCUGCUGCUACAGACUGGAAGCUGUUACCCGCAGGACUGAGACCUGACAUCUCCUGUGGGAAUUUAAAAAAACAAACCCUGUCGUUCUAGUGCUUAAACAGGCUUGUGUGUGUGCUGUGUAAAUCUGAGGUGUACUUUGUGUAUUGUCUUGUCAUUAUGCGUUUAUAUUAUUUUUAUUUUUGAAACCUGUAACCUGCUGCUGUUAUUUCUAGCACGCCUUUGUAAACGAGCUCCUUGUAGCUCACAUGGCCUUCCUAAAUAAAGAAUUAAAAAUCAAAUAAAUAAAUAAUAAAGAGCGCGUCACGUUUACGGUUAUAACCGCACUGAAAUAUACUGGCUUUAAAACAAGAAAAGACAACCGAUGCAGCUGCGCAGCAGAGACAAGAGAACGAGGCAAGCGCGUUUAUUGUUUGGAAAGUAACUGUAAUGUUAUUACUGCCAUUAAAAGCUAAACGCGUUAUAUUACCUCGUUAUUGACUAAAGUAAUAUUAUUACAGUAAGGCGUUACUAAAGUAACGAGAUGCCGUUCAAACCGUCAUCACAAACAUACGUGUAACAGAACAUUCCUUAAUUUUACAUGUUAUAGAUCUGGGGCUAAAACACAAAGUCAGACUCUUCAGCCCUGAUAUUAAACAGUUGUUAAUAUCAGUUGUUUCAUUCCUAAUCUUAACAUUGUAGUAUUUGUUGGGGGAUUUAGAAACAGUUUCAUAGAAUAUCUGAUUCGGCAGUUUCUGCUCCCCCUGCUUGUCUAAACCUGGCCUCAGUCCCAAACCCCGCCUCUCAGAGCUUUACACAACUCCAGGAAAUCAGCGCAGUGAAGUUUCGUUUCUUGUGAAAUCGUCAGUCUCUCUGUCUCACUGCAGCAGAAAUGGCAGAAGCGAAUAUUCUGGUAGCGCAUGACCAGUUUAGCUGUUCAGUGUGUCUGGAGCUAUUGAAGGACCCAGUCGCUAUCCCAUGUGGACACAGUUACUGUAUGGGGUGUAUUAAGAACUGCUGGGAUCAGACUGAUCAUACAGGUGUCUACAGCUGCCCCCAGUGCAGAGAGACCUUUACCCCAAGGCCUGUUCUGCGCAGAAACACCAUGCUGGCUGAAGUUGUGGAGAAAUUAAAGAAGACAGGACUCAAUCCUCCUCCUGCUCAAAGUUAUGCUGGACCUGGAGAUGUGCCGUGUGAUUUCUGCACUGGGAGAAAGUUCAAAGCUGUGAAAUCCUGUUUGACGUGCCUGGCCUCUUACUGUGAGACACACGUCAAGCCUCACUAUGAGGGGGCUGCUUUCAAGAGGCACAAGCUGAUCAAUGCAAUUGGAAAUCUGGAGCAGAAGCUUUGUGCUGAACACCAAAAGGUUUUAGAGGUCUUCUGUAGAACCGAUCAGACGUGUAUUUGCUUGUUGUGUGCAGACAAGGAACACAAGAGCCAUGAUACAGUCUCAGCUGAGACAGAAAGGACCAGGAAACAGAAGCAGCUGGGAGAGACACAGACAGAAAUACAACAGAGAAUCCAGGAGAGACUGAAAGAAACAGAGCAGCUGAAACAGGCUGUGGAGUCACUGAAAAGAUCUGCAUGCAUAGAAAUAAAGGAAAGUGAGAAGAUCUUUACUGAGCUGAUCCGAUCCAUUGAGAAGAUCCACACUGAGGUUAUUGAGCUGAUUGGAGCUAACGAGAAGGCUGCAGUGAAUCAGGCUGAAGGACGCAUGAAGAAACUGGAGCAGGAGAUUGCUGAGCUAAGGAGGAGAAACGCUGAGCUGAAACAGCUUUCAGAGACAGAGGAUCACAUCCAUUUUCUACAGAAUUUCCAGUCUCUCUGUGCCCCCCCUGAAGCUGGAGACUUACCCAGCGUUACUGUCAAUACAGACAUCUCUUUUGGGGCUGUGAGGAAAGCUGUAUCUGAACUUAAAGACCAUAUUGAGGACUUCUGCAAGGGGGAAUUAGCCAAAAUAACCACAACAGUGAAUGAAGUUGCAGUUUACAGUCUGCAGGCUCCAGAGCCAAGGAACAGAGCUGAGUUUUUAAAAUAUUCCUGUCAGCUCACACUGGACCCCAACACAGCGCAUAGAGAGCUCUGUCUGUCUGAAGGGAACAGAAAGGUGACAUGGAGGAGAGAGACCCAGAGAUAUCCUGAUCACUCAGAGAGAUUUGAGAGCUGGUUCCAAGUGCUUUGCAGAGAGGGUUUGUCUGGGACUCGCUGUUACUGGGAGAUUGAGUGGAGUGGGGGAUGGGCUUUUAUAGGAGUCACAUAUAAAGGGAUCAGCAGGAAAGGAGGGGAUCGUUCCUGUCUCCUUGGAUUCAAUGACAAGUCCUGGAGUUUGCGCUGCUCUGAUUCCAGUUACACUGCCCGGCACAAUAACAAUCACACUGCAAUAACUGCCCCCCACUCCCCCAGAAUAGGAGUGUAUCUGGACUUUAAUGCCGGCACGCUGUCCUUUUAUGGCGUCUCUGACACAAUGACCCUCCUGCACAGAUUCCAAACCACAUUCACUGAGCCGCUCUAUCCUGGGUUUUAUAUUUAUUAUGAUUCCUCUGUAACAAUCUGCCAGCUGAACUAGACUGUUUUGUGUUGUAAGAAACCCUUUGUAUUGAACUCCCUGUCUGUCCUCUCCACUCCUCGGGUGAAGGGAAUGUUCAAUCUGACACAACUUUGGAUGAAAGUUAGGGGGUAAAACGGCGCCACCUGCAGAGCGAAACGAGGUGAAUUAUUUGUUUUUAGCAACGAAUGGAUUUCAUAGGAAGUAACUGUAUUUAAUUUAUUUAUUAAGAAUUGUUAUGUUUUAUAUAUAUUUUAGAAAAUGGCAUCCAAUAGUCAGUGCUGUAACAGUUUUAAUAAAGUGAACUUACGUUUGCUUUAUUGUGUGUGUGUUUUUGUUUUUUGAUUUCCAUAAAAUAUUUAAUAUUUCAGAUUUUAGUAAUGUGAUUUAAUAAAAAAAAUUAACGUGAUAGACUGACUUUUUCUCAUUUCUUAAUAAUCAUUAACAUGGUUUUUCAAAUGAGAAUGAGAUAGAAAGAGGGGAAUGAGAGAGAAAGAGGUCUGAUAAAGCAUAGAGAAGCAUUGUAAAGCACAGAGAGGUCUGGUGAAGCAUAGGGAAGCAUUGUAAAGCACAGAAAGAUCUGGUAAAGCAUAGGGAAGCAUUGUAAAGCACAGAGACGUCUGGUAAAGCAUAGGGAAGCAUUGUAAAGCACAGAGAGGUCUGGUAAAGCAUAGGGAAGCAUUGUAAAGCACAGAGAGGUCUGGUAAAGCAUAGGGAAGCAUUGUAAAGCACAGAGAGGUCUGGUAAAGCAUAGGGAAGCAUUGUAAAGCACAGAGAGGUCUGGUAAAGCAUAGGGAAGCAUUGUAAAGCACAGAGAGGUCUGGUAAAACAUAGGGAAGCAUAGUAAAGCCCAGAGAGGUCUGGUAAAGCAUAGUGAAGCAUUGUAAAGCACAGGGAGGUCUGGUAAAGCAUAGGGAAGCAUUGUAAAGCACAGAGAGGUCUGGUAAAGCAUAGGGAAGCAUUGUAAAGCACAGAGAGGUCUGGUAAAGCAUAGGGAAGCAUUGUAAAGCACAGAGAGGUGUGGUAAAGCAUAGGGAAGCAUUGUAAAGCACAGAAAGGUCUGGUAAAGCAUAGGGAAGCAUUGUAAAGCACAGAGAGUUCUGGUAAAGCAUAGGGAAGCAUUGUAAAGCACAGAGAGGUCUGGUAAAGCAUAGGGAAGCAUUGUAAAGCACAGAGAGCUCUGGACUCUAACCCUGGGCUUGAGACUCAGCUCAGUGAUUUGGAUUCCUGAACAGCUUCUUAGUAAAGGUAUUAUUCAGCAUGCCGCCGCACCGUGAACUAAUAAGAAAAGACUUUCAGUACCUGGCAGGCUCUUGUGACAUAUCAGGAGGGUCAUU